UGUCGUUGCGCAUGCUUUCUCCUUUUUUUCACAAAAGGAAGUGUCACGAGCUGAAGGCCCUCAACAAAAAGAAGAAACAUGAGUAAAGCACACCCACCAGAGUUGAAAAAAUUCAUGGACAAGAAACUUUCAUUGAAGCUGAAUGGUGGCAGGCAGGUCCAAGGAGUCCUGCGAGGAUUUGACCCCUUCAUGAACUUGGUGAUGGAUGAUUGCUUGGAGAUGGCCCCUGGGGGAAUACAGAACACCAUAGGCAUGGUGGUAAUCAGAGGAAACAGUAUCAUUAUGUUGGAGGCCCUUGAGAGAGUAUGAUGAGUUGGGAUGGCAGAAUCGUCUUCAAGAAAGUGGAAUAAUGGACCCUUUUCUAUCUGGAUACGUUUACAGAUGUUUAAUUUGGAAAUGUUUUGAAUUGUGAAAUCUUGUGAAUAAACUUGGAUAUUUGUUUUCUUUA